GGUGCUUGUCCUCAGUAUAGGUAAAAUAAACAAGUAUGGCGGUGUCCAGUGUUUUCAGACCGGGGUUAUUCAGCCAUAAAGUUGCAAUAGUAACGGGUGGCGGCACCGGUAUCGGUAAAGCUAUCUCUGCAGAGCUGCUGGAGCUGGGUUGCAAUGUGGUGAUCUCCAGUAGAAAGGCAGAGAGGUUGGAGGCGGCAGCUCAGGAGAUGAGACAAAAAAUCCCUGCCUCCAGCCCGGCGUGUGUCACUCCUCUACCAUGUAACAUCCGAAACGAGGAUGAGGUGAAGGAGCUUGUGUCGUCAGUGCUGAAGCGAUACGGCAGGAUAGACUUUCUGGUGAACAAUGGAGGAGGUCAGUUCAGCAGCCCAGCGGAACACAUGUCCUCCAAAGGCUGGAAAGCCGUCAUAGACACCAACCUAACCGGAACGUUCCACUGCUGCCAGGAGGUCUACACCGCAUGGAUGAAACAGCACGGAGGUGUGAUCGUCAACAUCAUCGCUGACAUGUGGAAAGGCUUCCCGGGCAUGGCCCACACAGGGGCAGCGAGAGCAGCAGUGGACAACUUAACCAAGAGUCUGGCCAUUGAGUGGGCAGCCUCAGGAGUCAGAGUCAACUCUGUCGCACCUGGCACAAUAUUUUCCAAAACUGCGAUGGAGAACUACAAGGAGUUUGGACCAGAACUUUUCAAGAUGUCUGUUCCAUUUAGCCCCGCAAAGAGGCUGGGAGUACCAGAAGAGAUCUCAUCAGCAGUGUGUUUCCUGCUCUCUCCUGCUGCCUCCUACAUCUCCGGAGCCACCCUGAGGGUUGAUGCAGGACAGAGUCUGUACCACUCCAUGUGGGAGAUACCCAACCACAGCGCAUGGCCAGAGGCUCCAGAGGGGGAGAACCUCGACGCUCUGAAGGACCUGCUUAACCCACAAAGCAAACUCUAAUUCACAUUUGUGACAUGGUGUUAGCCCAGUCAAUAAAA